AUGCAUGCUAUUUGUUUACAGGUGGUUGGAGAGGUGCGUUUAAUAAAAAAAAUUAAAGAUGGUCUACUAGUGGAAGCUAAAAAUGAUAAGCAAGCUAAACGACUACAAAGUUUGGUGCGUUUUGGUGAAGCUGAUGUGGUGGUCAAAACCCAUCAAACAUUAAACUACAGUAAAGGUGUCAUUUACUGUAGUGACCUACUAAACUGCAGUGUGGAAGAACUUAAGGAGCAUCUGCUCGUUGAGGGAAUAACAGAUAUCAAACGAAUCCAAACAAAAAAAGAUGGCAAACUUAUAGAUACUCCAACCCACAUUAUAACAUUUAACUCACCUGUCCUUCCAAAGAAAAUAAAUGCUGCUUUCCAUAGAUUAGAGGUAAGACCAUAUAUCCCUAACCCGUUAAGAUGUUUUAAAUGUCAAAAGUUUGGCCACAUUACCGAUAAAUGUGAGUCCAAAGUUCAAAUUUGUACUUGUGGACAACCUCCCCAUGAUGGAACACCCUGCACCCUUCCAAUCAAGUGUGUGAACUGCAGCGGAGACCAUCCGGCGAGGUCCAGGUCUUGCCCGGUUUAUCAGGAAGAAGCUACAAUACAAAGAAUCAAAACUCUAGACAAAGUAACAUAUUUUGAGGCUAAACGUCGAUACAAUAUGUCAAAAAAUAUAAACCUACCCAAAAGCUUCUCGGAUGUUGUCAAAACCACUGCACCAGCCGCCAGUAACCUCAAAAUAGAGGACAUUAUAAAAGCCUUAAUUCCUGAAAUAACGAAGGUUGUUACCUCUAUUAUUUCAGGCGGGGCUGGCAUUUCCGGACCGCAAUCACAAACAUUUGCUCUACCGUCCAAAAAAACUAUAUCUCGACAUGGUGUGCAGUAUGAUUCACAAUCCAACACUGAUUCGGUUGCCGAAAAACGCAAAGCGUCCGAGACAGGGUCAGACACUGAAUCAUCCAUUUUAAAUUCUGAUGCCGAUCUCUUUAUUUAUUUAAACUUGGGGGUAAAUAAAAAACGUGUGGUUCAUGGCAGCGGGCAGGCCGGCAAACGAAAAGGUGAUUUAGUAAAAUCUUUAUCAGCUUUGCUUAGGAAAACCGGAACGCAUCUCAAACAAAAUAGCGCGCAAAAAAUGUCCGAAGAUCAAUCUUUGUUUCGUGGCCGAUCUGCUACGUGA